AUGCCGGUGAAGAAGGGAUUCCAGAUUUAUGUCUCGAGACAGGUCCAAACUUAUGUCUCGAGACAGGUCCAUAUUUAUGUCCGGCAAAUGGCUUGGGUCCCAAAAUCAAACAAGGUGGCACCGGAGAAGCAGGAAAAUGAAGCUAGCAUUGGGACUAAGCUUGUCGCUCAUAACACAUUAGAGUUUGAGUAA